UGUGCCGCCGGGCCGCGGAGCGAGGCGGCGGCGGCGGCGGCGGCUGAAGCGGCGGCCUCGGAGCGAGAGGAGUCGCCGGCGGGGCUUCUGGUCGCCGCUGCUCUCUCUCGUAGUCGCAGCAUUUCCUGUUCGGAUUAUCUCUCGCUUCUCCCCAGCUGCCUCCUUCCCCUCACACUCCCACUCGCGCCAGCUCCUCUGCGUCCUCGGUCGAAGCUGCUUUCGGCCCGGGCCGGUUCCCCCCCGCCUGGGGACGCCCCUUACCUCGGCUCCCGGGGUGCGGGGGAGCCCCGCCGCGACCAUGAGGAAAUUCAACAUCAGGAAGGUGCUGGACGGCCUGACCGCCGGCUCGUCCUCGGCCUCGCAGCAGCAGCAGCAGCAGCAGCACCCACCUGGGAACCGGGAGCCCGAGAUCCAGGAAACACUCCAGUCCGAGCACUUUCAGCUCUGCAAGACUGUUCGCCAUGGAUUUCCCUAUCAGCCCUCAGCCCUGGCCUUUGAUCCUGUACAGAAGAUCCUGGCAGUGGGAACUCAGACUGGUGCUUUAAGGCUCUUUGGUCGUCCAGGAGUAGAAUGUUACUGCCAACAUGACAGUGGAGCUGCGGUAAUUCAGCUUCAGUUCCUGAUAAAUGAGGGAGCUCUUGUGAGUGCCUUGGCUGAUGACACCUUACAUUUAUGGAAUUUACGUCAAAAGAGACCUGCCAUACUACAUUCACUUAAAUUUUGCAGGGAAAGGGUUACAUUUUGCCAUCUGCCUUUCCAGAGUAAGUGGCUCUAUGUAGGCACUGAACGAGGUAACAUACAUAUUGUCAAUGUGGAGUCCUUCACACUCUCAGGCUACGUCAUUAUGUGGAAUAAAGCCAUUGAACUGUCAUCUAAAUCUCACCCAGGGCCUGUUGUCCAUAUAAGUGAUAAUCCAAUGGAUGAAGGAAAGCUUUUGAUUGGCUUUGAAUCUGGAACAGUAGUGUUAUGGGACCUCAAGUCAAAGAAAGCAGACUAUAGAUACACCUACGAUGAGGCUAUCCACUCUGUUGCUUGGCAUCAUGAAGGAAAACAAUUUAUUUGCAGUCAUUCGGAUGGCACCUUGACUAUAUGGAAUGUGAGAUCCCCUGCAAAGCCUGUGCAGACCAUAACUCCACAUGGAAAACAGUUAAAGGAUGGGAAGAAGCCAGAACCAUGCAAACCUAUCCUCAAGGUGGAAUUCAAAACGACUAGAUCUGGGGAACCUUUUAUUAUUUUAUCAGGAGGUUUGUCGUAUGAUACUGUAGGAAGAAGACCUUGCUUAACAGUAAUGCACGGGAAAAGUACCGCAGUGCUAGAAAUGGACUACUCAAUUGUUGACUUUCUGACGCUGUGUGAAACACCAUACCCAAAUGAUUUUCAGGAACCAUAUGCUGUGGUUGUUCUACUAGAAAAGGAUUUAGUACUAAUAGACCUUGCACAAAAUGGAUAUCCUAUAUUUGAAAAUCCCUACCCUUUGAGUAUCCAUGAAUCCCCUGUUACAUGUUGUGAAUAUUUUGCUGAUUGUCCUGUGGACCUUAUUCCUGCACUUUAUUCUGUUGGAGCUAGACAGAAACGUCAAGGCUACAGCAAAAAGGAAUGGCCCAUUAAUGGAGGUAAUUGGGGCUUGGGUGCUCAAAGCUACUCAGAAAUCAUUAUUACAGGGCAUGCUGAUGGGUCGAUUAAGUUCUGGGAUGCUUCUGCGAUAACUCUACAAGUAUUAUAUAAACUAAAGACAUCUAAAGUAUUUGAAAAGUCAAGAAAUAAAGAUGAGAAGCCAAACACAGACAUUGUGGAUGAAGAUCCAUAUGCCAUUCAGAUCAUCUCCUGGUGUCCCGAAAGUAGAAUGCUGUGCAUAGCUGGAGUUUCAGCUCAUGUCAUUAUUUAUAGAUUCAGCAAACAGGAAGUGAUUACAGAAGUCAUUCCGAUGCUUGAAGUUCGAUUGUUGUAUGAGAUAAGUGAUGUGGAAACCCCAGAGGGUGAACAGGCACCACCUUUGCCAACACCAGUUGGGAGUGCCAAUCCACAGCCCAUCCCUCCUCAGUCUCAUCCUUCUACCAGUAGCAGUUCAUCUGAUGGGCUUCGGGACAAUGUCCCUUGUUUGAAAGUUAAAAGUUCUCCACUUAAACAGUCUCCAGGUUAUCAGACAGAAUUAGUUAUACAGUUGGUGUGGGUGGGUGGAGAACCACCACAACAAAUAACCAGUCUGGCAGUUAAUUCUUCCUAUGGAUUGGUAGUUUUUGGCAAUUGUAAUGGCAUUGCGAUGGUUGACUACCUCCAGAAAGCAGUACUCCUCAACCUGGGCACUAUUGAAUUGUAUGGCUCCAAUGAUCCUUAUCGGAGAGAACCCCGAUCUCCUCGUAAAUCUCGACAACCUUCAGGAGCAGGUCUGUGCGAUAUUAGUGAAGGGGCAGUAGUCCCAGAAGAUCGCUGCAAAUCUCCAACUUCUGGUUCUCCAUCACCCCACAAUUCAGAUGAUGAACAAAAAAUGAAUAAUUUUAUAGAAAAGGUGAAGAUCAAAAGCAGAAAGUUUUCCAAGAUGGUAGCCAGUGAUAUAGCAAAAAUGUCAAGGAAGUUAAGCUUGCCUACUGAUCUAAAGCCUGACUUAGACAUAAAAGAUAAUUCCUUCAGCCGAUCACGGAGCUCAAGUGUAACCAGCAUUGAUAAAGAAUCCCGGGAAGCAAUCUCUGCUCUUCAUUUCUGUGAAACUUUUACUCGAAAAACAGAUUCAGCCCCUUCCCCGUGUUUGUGGGUUGGUACUACACUGGGAACAGUGCUUGUCAUUGCGCUGAACCUUCCCCCGGGAGGAGAGCAAAGACUUCUUCAGCCAGUGAUUGUGUCUCCAAGUGGUACUAUAUUGCGGUUAAAAGGGGCGAUCCUGAGAAUGGCGUUCCUGGAUUCCACAGGCUGCUUAGUGCCACCUGCACAUGAACCCUGGAAAGAACACAAUGUCCCUGAAGAAAAGGAUGAAAAAGAGAAAUUGAAGAAAAGAAGACCUGUCUCUGUAUCUCCCUCGUCUUCUCAGGAAAUCAGUGAAAACCAGUAUGCAGUAAUAUGUUCUGAAAAGCAAGCAAAAGUGAUCUCAUUGCCAAGCCAGAACUGUGCUUACAAGCAGAACAUCACAGAGACCUCAUUUGUGCUUCGUGGAGACAUUGUAUCGUUAAGUAACAGCAUCUGCCUUGCCUGCUUCUGUGCCAAUGGACACAUCAUGACUUUUAGUUUGCCAAGUUUAAGGCCUCUGCUGGAUGUGUAUUACUUGCCCCUUACCAACAUGCGGAUAGCCAGAACGUUCUGCUUCACCAACAACGGACAAGCCUUGUAUCUUGUCUCACCUACAGAAAUCCAGAGACUCACUUAUAGUCAAGAAACCUGUGAGAAUCUUCAGGAAAUGUUGGGUGAACUCUUCACUCCUGUAGAAACACCUGAAGCACCAAACAGGGGAUUCUUUAAAGGCUUGUUUGGAGGUGGUGCACAAUCUCUUGAUAGAGAAGAACUAUUUGGAGAAUCGUCCUCAGGAAAGGCUUCAAGGAGUCUUGCUCAGCACAUCCCUGGCCCUGGUGGCAUUGAAGGCGUGAAAGGAGCGGCAUCUGGCGUUGUUGGUGAACUCGCACGAGCCAGGCUGGCACUGGACGAGAGAGGGCAGAAACUUAGCGACCUGGAAGAAAGAACUGCAGCUAUGUUAUCCAGUGCAGAUUCAUUCUCUAAACAUGCUCACGAGAUGAUGUUGAAAUACAAAGAUAAGAAGUGGUACCAGUUCUGAUAACCAGAAACCCAGCUAAAGUUCAACAUCAGCCAGAAGGAAAAAGAAUUUUCCUUUUUUAUGUUAUUGAUUUCACUUUAGAAAGUUAACAAGAAAGGGAUGUUUGUCACUGGAUACUGCUCUUUCCUAGCACAAUCACGCCCUGUCUUACCUCAGUCGUGUGGCUUUAACUGAGGCGUGCUCACACACACUCAAGGAGGAGUAGAUGGUGCGGGCCAGCUAUGAGCUGACAGUCUGGGAAUUAGCAUGGUGGUCACACGUUACAAAUGAAGAAACAGAGGGAUUCGAGGAGACGUGGCAGGGACUAUUCCUGGAUCAUUCCUGUAUUAAACUUUCAUAUGCCAACAGAUUGCGUGCUGUCCUGUUUUCAUCAGUGUUUGACCUCUUUGAGGGAGAGGCAGUAAGUCAGAAGUCUUGAAGCUGAAACAGUUAUGUUUGUAUCAUUGACUGAAGUAUAAACUGCUGUCUUGGACUUUCCCUCCCUUCAGCUGACUGGUCAUCAGUAUCAUUAGUGAAAAAAAAAAACAACAAACUGUUUGUUACCAUAUCUUUAGACAGAUAAGCUGAAUGGUGGGCUUUAAAUAAUAAAAACAUACACAUAGUUGACUUGUGUAUGGGCUACUCUUGGAUUCUUGUUAUUGUAUACUUGUGUUUAGUCCAUAUUUUGUCAAAAGCAAAACAAGGCGAUACAUCACUUUUCAUUGAAAAGAAAAGUGUAGAGCAUGACUGAACUGCUCAUCAUUCUGGGAGUUUCCAUGUAGUGACUGUGCAGUGUGGAAAGUGAGAAAAACCUCCAUUGUGCUGAGGAGAAUACUUCAAUGUCUCUUGUCAUUGUGCUCAUUAAUUCAGCUAAAGGUGGAUUUGACCAAAAUACUUAUUGGUUAAAUUUGUGGAGAUGUUGAAAUCGGCUAAGUUUUUAAUUUUGCUUGAAUUUUUAUAAAAUGUUUAACCCAAUGUACCUUUGCACUGUUUGAUUAAAAUUGCUUUAAAAAAUGUUUCAUUAUUUCAGUAAAAUGUUCAGCUCCCUUUAAAAAAAAAAAAAAAGCACCCUUCAUUUGCUAACAGUUCCAGUACACUCAGGUGAUGAGGCAAUUAACUCUUAGUGCACAUGCCGUCGCAUGGAAAAACUCAAAAGCAUCCAUUCUCAAUAAUUAUCUAAGAGUCUAGUCUGACCUACAAAGUAUUUUCUGUAGAAAUAUACUAUAAAUCUGUACAUGUCCUUUCAAGGUUUUGAAAAACUGAAAAGGAAAAUACGUGCAUUUUGGUUAACUAAAUUAUUUCUGUAUUGGAGUAUAAAGCAAAUGAGACCAUCAGUGGACAGUAAGUGACUGGUACUAAAACAGCAGACACAGAGAGAAAAGAGAUAAUGGGAUAGACCUGGAAGUAGAUGAGCUCAUUCUGCAGGCUCAUCUGAGAUUAUUACCGAUCGUUCUGAAAGCGACAAAGGAUGAAUAAUCUAGAAGCAUUAUACUUAAUGAAAUUUAAAAUAUUUUCUUCUACAAAAAAAAAAUAGUUUAAAACCAUUUUCUUUUGUCAUUAAGAAAUAAUCAGAGCACAAAUUGAUAGCAAACAUGAUGGUUGUUUUUCUAUUCCAUACAAUCAUUAAAGGUUUAUAUAGAACACGUUACUCUCACAAGUCUGUUUUGUGUUUUUCCUCUUUACUGUUUUCAUUGAGAAAGUUCUUAUGUUUACAUUUUAUGACGUGCACUACGGGAUAUGAAAGUUUACAUUAAAAUUUACUUUGUCAUUAGGGAGGGAUUGAAUAUAUGUGAUAGAGAUGAUUGAUCAAGCCAAAAGAAAUAUUUUUAAAAUACAGUCAUUUUCAAAAGUUUUUGAAUUUGUAGGAAGACCUAUGAGUAACAUUUCUGUUUAGUUAAUGCCAGCUUUAUAAUGAACAUGUAGCAGUUUACAAAUUGCUUAAUUUGUAUCAUAUAUUAUCUAAUAAACCCACUGUUCAUGAUAUGUCACAGGAAGUUUUCAAAGGCCAUUUUUUAAAGGUACAGUUUCGUGUCAUCAGUAAAAUCAGUAGUUAAUGGGUUUGAAGUUGAGAAGCACUAAGUAAAGUAAUAUACAUGAAUGGUUGGUUCCCCAUUCAUGUGUAAGGGCAUAUUAGCUCCAAUUAUUUGAUUUGCUAUGUUGUUUUGUGUUAAUUGUAUAUCAACUUAAUUUUUAUAUCAACUGUCAUUUUUCCUGUUGUAUAUAAAAUGAACCAAUCUUGUAAUUAUUUUCAAAUAGAGAAGUAAAUACAUUUACCUGAGGUGGAUUUUAUAAGAAAACCUUGAAUCAAUAUUUCGAGUUAUUUUAUUUCAUUUUUAAAUUAAUCUACAAAUUAUGCACAGCAAACUAGAAACUCACGUAGGAUUAGAAAGCUUGAAGUAUUUUUGAAAAUAGGAAAUAAGCUUCUCAGAGUUAUACUUGAUUCAGUCUGUAGAUAAGAGACAGUCUGCAGUAAUAACUAACCCAGGGAAUUUAUUGUAAUUUGAGAGGUAACAUCUCUAUUUUUUUUCUAACACAAAAAGUUAUAGUCACCAGCAAGCCAAGAUUUCAGGAAAACAAACCAAAAAAAAAGUCAAAAUAGAAAAUAUUAGAAAAAUGAAAGAUUUUUAUGUGCUUCCUCCAUAUCCUCAAACAUUAUUUUUUGUUGCCUUUGUCCUUGACUCUAAAAUCAUUGAAGUAUUCAUUGACUAGCAGUCUGUCAGUAGAAAGUGGUUUCCAUAUAUGUACCACAUAUCUGGUUCAUUUCACUUUUCAAACCAAAAUCCAUAUGUAUUUGCUUUAGAAGGUUAUUUGAAACUUUCUGAUAACUUCUGUAUAUUACAUCAUUUGAAGUUUUGCAUCAUCUUAAUUCCCUUGGUUUGCAUUUCAAUUGUACUGUUUCCAAAAAUGGUUAUAGAUAUAACUGAGCUAUUGCUAACUUCUUAAUUUGAUUUUCUUAUGGAUGUGAAAAAAUGCUGCUAAUUGUCUGUUAUUAUGUGUAGUAGAUGGCAAUUUAAGUACAGAACUUUAAAGAAAGACAUAUCUCUUUUCCUUAGAACUUUUUAAUUGUAGGUUUCUCUGAAGUUAUUUUGUGUAGAUAUAUGUUUUAAACAAGUCUGAAAGUGUUACAUAGUUUUUGAUUACAGGAGUGGUGGGAAAACAACUGAGGAAAGGAAAAAUACAUGAAAGACACCAUGGACUUCAAAGUUUCACCCUGAGUUCUAUAUUCCAUAUAUGUUUUGCUUAAGGCAUUUUCUCAUGUGACGUUAGAAAAGCUAUAUCCAAAGGUAAAUUUUGUGUGGCAAAGAUUUAUUUUACAUUUUAACUUUUGGGAUUUUGUUUGUUUUUGCAAAAUAAAGAGCACUGAACUUUAAACUUGAAUUUUUUCUGCACUUUUUUAGGUAAAGAAGACUUUUUAUUGUCAUUGAAUUCAUAUUUCUCCAUUCAAAUCAAGUGACACAUAUGUAUAAAACAUAACAAAAUCAUGAAUAUGCUGCUAGUUUAAACAAUUAAACUGAUCAUAGUUUUAAAACCUUCAAUAGGGUUUUAUAUAGUUUUCAAGGAUAAAAAUUAGUAACAUCAUAUGCUGUUUGUUUCAGUGUUCUAGGUCUUAAAUUAUUGCAACACUUUCAGAUUUGUUUUAAGAUCAUACAGUAACAUGUUAUAUUUAUACAUACUGCUAGAGAAUAUACUUUUAGUUUUAAAAUGGAAUUUUUAUAAAUGUAUUCUUUAAUUUUAAAAAUGGUGAACUUGUUAAGUUUAAGUCGAAGUACUUAAAAAGUAUGUAUAUUAUCCAUACAAAAAGUUAUGUUUUACGCUUAUAAUAAGAAAUACUGGUAUCUCAUAUCGAGAUACAAUUAAUUUUAAAGAAGCAUACAUCAUUCAGAAGUCUUCACACAUGACAGGAAAGAUACCAUUCCUAUGGUUAAAAGAAACCCUCUAUUGAGCAUUUUCAAAUAUUAAUUUUAUUUUGGAGAAAAUGCCCACAACAAUAAUUACAAGGUCUUUCUCAAUACCUGCAGCUUGCUGUUGGAUGCCUACCUUAACUAUUGUUUUAAAAUAUAUAUAUAUAUAUUUAAAAUAGUUUUCCAGAUAUUUUCUUCUACCUUUUUUAAAAAUAAAUUUCCAAAAAUGAAAACAGAGUUUAUGUAUUUUUGUCAAUGAAGGUUUUUAUUUUGUAGUUUUUAGAAUUUGUUCCUUAUCAGUUUGAUACUUGAUCAAUAUUCCUAGACUUUUUAAUCUGUAUUUACUUUGAAAAAGAGCACUUCUCUAUCUUUAAGUGUCCUCUUUUCAUUCUUUUCCCUUUCAGGGUGUUUGUUUUCUUGAAUUGAAAUUUAUGCCCAUAAAUUAUUUUUUUUCAUUUGAAAAUGAAUGUGAAGAUACUGUUCACAGUUUUUGUUAAUUAUACUUUUCAUCACUGAGCAAUUUCUUGUAAAGUGCUAUGGGGAUUAUUUUUCCUGUGAAUAUUAAUGAUCUUACUAUACCACAGAAGUUUUAAAGGUUCUGUGGACAGAAAUGGGUGGUAACAACAACAAAAUUAAAGGGAAAACGUUCACUUACCUUUCUCAGCUGAAUUAAAUGGUUUUAAUAACUUCCCAGUUGUCAAGGUUCUAACAUUGCUUUCUUCAGUUUCUAAUAGAGUCUUAAAUUACUAGACACAGCUCAUUUACAAAUGGAGUGCAGUAGUCCAGGACUAUUUGUAAUUGCUCUUUUUAUUGCACUCUUUACAUCAGAAAAAUCAUGAAUGUCAGUUUUGCCAGUAUUUCACAAUGAGGCUUAUCGGUUAAAUUAAAAUUUUAUAGUGUAUGUGAUGUAAAUAAAUCAGUAUUAAUUUAUUGUAGGUUGUUUGGCUUGGGCAUUUAAAAUGGAUAUAGGCUAAUGACAAUGGAAUCCUGUUUAUUUGGGAGUUUGGGGUUUUUUUUUUAUGCAGUGUGUUUUGUGUUGUUUAAAUUUUGCUUCCACUGAAGACAAUGUAAGGAAUUGGAAACAGAUUCAACAUACCAAUAGACAGUAAUGCAAAAAGGGUAAAUCAUGUUUUAAAUUUUUUAAUUUUUUGUUUUUUGUUUUUUGUAAAUAAAUGGUACUGUGAUCCUUAGGUGUGACCUCUGCUUAACAUGAUGGAACUGGAAAAACAUCUUGCUUUCUAGUUAUACUAUUGGUUCAUUGUAAAUGCAACACCAAAAACAAUGUUAAAAAGAGCAAGAUUAAGUUUUGCUAACACUGUCCACUUCAGGGGCAAGCAUGCUUGAUAUAGAGCUCGAGCUUGUGUCCACCUUGAAAUGUACAUGCAGAUAGUUGUCAGUUGCUGCACUUAUUUUUUUUUAAAUCUUGCUCAGUCCAGUAACUAUCUCAAAGGUGAUUGCUGGAAUAUGCAUUUUCAAUAUGAUUAAAAAACCCAUCUCUGUGUACUGUUUCAUUUAAAAAAAAAAAGCACUAUUGCAAACACGGAAAAAUGUGUUAAACUUUGUAGUUAUUUUGCAUUCCUGUACUUUACAAACUGUCAUCACAGCAAAAGGUUUAAAAGUAGGUAAUGAAAUAUUUUUGUAAAUAAAUACCGUUAAGCUGGUAUUUUAAAAAAUGUAUUAUAAAUUAAUGUUUAUGGAAAAUGUUCAUAUAUAUGUAUAUGAAUGUCUCUUUAUGCUGAAGGGCUCUGAUUGGGCAAAAUAAAAUACUCUAAUCUCUGAAAACUAAAUAA